UGCAGGAUGAUUUCUGAAAUUGAAUUUAUGCACUGGUCUGCAUUCAUGAUCAAUUUCUGUGUCUUACUCAUCAUAUUCAGCUUUGCUGCAUUUGAAGUAACAUCUGGGACUCCAACUUCUCCAGCAAAAGUGGUGAAUCUUGCAGAAUAUCUACUGGUUUCUAUACUGCAGAUGUUUCUGCUGUGUGACUGUGGAGAUAAAUUAGUUGAUCAGGAACUCAGUGUGUCUCAGGCUGCAUAUGAAUCAGAAUGGUAUCAUUGUUCAGAAAGCGUGAAACGCACUUUACAGAUCAUUGUGCUUCGAGCCAGGCAGCCUGAGCAGAUUACAGUUGGAAAAAUAGCUGGACUUAACCUUGACACUUUUAGUGAUAUGCUGAGCCGAUCUUUUUCAUACUUCACAGUUCUAAGACAAAUACGAGAUGGAUAAUGAAAGAUUUCCAUUUACAACAUUCUUAAGGAGCCACAUACAGAACUCACCCUGACAGGUUGCAAUAGCAGAUCGGCCGACCAGAUUUCGUCCGUGCUACGCUGCAUUUCACUCAGCACUGAAUCAAGCAAAUGUUGCAAAGCAGCAGCAUCAGCAUCUCUGCCAAAUCUUAGAAGCAUUUUGCACAACAUUCCAACCUCAUCUGCACAAAAAAAAGGAAAGUGCAUUACUACAACCAUACUGUGAAAUUCUUUAUUGAGAUAGUGUAGAACAAGAACAAAUGCAAUCUCUGCACAGAUAGAACUGGAAAUGAACAAAAAAUAAAGUUUUCAACUUGUGUUUCUUGUCAUACAGAGAAAAAAUGCAUAUGUACAAGUCUUCUUAUAUCACAAGUGUUUAU